AUGGGACAUCAUCUUUUUUUUCAGUACAGAGCUGUGAAAGCAGCUUUGGAAGAGGAAUUCCCUAACCAGUUAGAAAUUACGAGUGAAGCAACUCCUAAUACAUCUGGUUGGCUGGAAGUCCAAAUCAUUGGGGGCAAAUUAUUACAUUCUAAAAAAUACAGAGCGGUGAAGGAAGCUCUGGAAAAGGAAUUCCCAGGACAAUUGGAAUUUGUAAGUAGACCUAUUAUUUAUAAUAUUUACUGGUACUCUAAUGGAGAUGGAUAUAUUGAUAGUGAUAAGAAAUUACAGAAAAUAUUUGAUGGUGUUAGAGAGGCUCUAAAUAGUCAAUAA